AUGCAUCAGACAAAGAAGCCGUCGAUUGACUUGUUUAUUUACAUUAUUCUCCUCAAUGCUUUAUGUUCUCGUAUUAUUUGCCCACUUGUUACUGAUCGAUUUCUAUUAAGUUCGAGUAUUGAUUUGAAUGGACUUUACGUGUUUAGUAUGUUAAAUAAUAUAGUUAAAAUACACUUGAUCAUGCCUUUUUCUUUACUCGGUUCAGGAGGAGUUCUACUAGGUCCAUCGGCUUUAGGUCGGAACCAUAAAUUUCUUGACACUGUUUUCCCGCCAAGGAGCCUAACAGUUUUGGAUACCAUCGCAAACUUCGGUCUCCUCUUCUUUCUAUUUCUUGUUGGGCUCGAGCUCGAUCCAAGAUCCCUUAAACGGACUGGGAAAAAAGCAUUAAGCAUUGCCCUUGCAGGAAUUAGUCUUCCGUUUGCUCUAGGAAUUGGGACAUCAUAUGUACUCCGUGGAACUAUUUCCGAUGGUGUAAGUCAGGGCCCAUUUUUAGUCUUCAUGGGAGUUGCCCUUUCUAUUACUGCAUUUCCUGUCUUGGCUCGAAUUUUGGCUGAACUCAAGCUUUUAACAACGGAUGUUGGUCGAAUGGCCAUGUCUGCUGCUGCAGUCAACGACGUGGCUGCGUGGAUUCUUCUUGCUCUGGCUAUUGCAUUAUCGGGCACAGGACAUUCGCCACUUGUUUCAUUAUGGGUCUUUCUCUGUGGUUCUGGUUUUAUAAUUUUAUGCAUCUUAAUUGCCCCUCCAAUUUUCAAAUGGAUGGCACGACAUUGCCCCGAAGGUGAGCCAGUCAACGAGAUAUAUGUAUGUGCAACAUUGGUUGCUGUUUUGGCUGCUGGAUUUGUAACUGAUUCUAUUGGAAUUCAUGCUCUAUUCGGGGCUUUUGUGCUUGGAGUACUUGUUCCAAAGGAGGGACCAUUUGCCGGUGCCCUCGUUGAAAAAGUUGAAGAUCUCGUAUCCGGCCUUUUUCUACCUUUAUAUUUUGUCUCAAGUGGAUUAAAGACGAAUGUAGCAACCAUUCAAGGGGCGCAGUCGUGGGGUCUUCUCGUUUUGGUCAUAUUUACAGCAUGUUUUGGGAAGAUUGUUGGCACUAUUCUCGUGUCACUCCUUUGCAAGGUGCCUUUUAAGGAAGCUGUGACUCUCGGUUUCCUUAUGAACACUAAGGGUUUAGUCGAGCUCAUUGUUCUCAACAUUGGGAGAGAUCGAGGAGUUUUGAACGACCAAACAUUUGCAAUCAUGGUUUUGAUGGCUUUAUUCACAACUUUUAUAACGACGCCUACUGUUAUAGCUGUAUACAAGCCGGCUCAAAUGGCAAAAUCAGAGUAUAAACACAGAACUAUUCAAAGGAAAGAGCCUAGUUUUCAGCUGAGAUUAUUGACUUGUUUCCACAGUACAAGAAACAUUCCUACCUUGAUAAAUCUAAUGGAGGUUUCGCGUGGUACUGGAAAGAGGGAAGGACUUCGUGUCUAUGCAAUGCAUCUAAUGGAACUUUCUGAGAGAUCGUCUGCGAUAUUGAUGGCCCACAAAGUACGAAAGAACGGGAUGCCAUUUUGGAAUAAGAGGCAUGAUUCUGAUCCGAAUCAAAUUAUUGUUGCUUUUGAGGCGUUUGAGCAUCUUAGUAGAGUGUCUAUUCGACCUACAACUACUAUCUCAGCGAUGUCUAGUAUGCACAUCGACAUUUGCUUGAGUGCAGAAAGGCAGAGGGUAGCAAUGAUAAUCCUUCCUUUCCAUAAGCACCCAAGGCUCGAUGGACACUUGGAGACAACACGAGCUGACUUGAGGUGUGUGAACCGGAGGGUUCUUGAGCAUGCACCGUGUUCAGUUGGAAUUUUAGUCGAUCGAGGCCUUGGUGGAGCAUCUCAUGUAUCAGCAAGUAAUGUUGACUAUACCAUCACUGUAUUUUUCUUCGGUGGCCAUGAUGAUCGAGAAGCUGUAUCCUAUGGUGUACUUAUGGCUGAGCAUCCAGGCAUCCAUUUAAAUGUUGUUCGUUUCAUGGUUGACCCCGAAGUAGUUGAGGAGUCUGUCCGAGUCGAUAUAAAUGACAGUUAUACUCCGGAAGCCAGAUCAGAGGACGAAGAAUUUCUUAUCGAAUUCAAGGAGAAAAUAUCAAAUGACAGUUCAAUCAAAUAUGAAGAGAAAAUGGUAAACAGCUCUACAGAAACAGUCGAUAUAAUUCGUACACAUAAUCGUUGCAAUUUGUUUCUUGUUGGAAGAAUGCCUGAGGGACAGUUGGUUGCAGGUCUUAACAAGAACACUGAAUGCCCAGAAUUGGGGCCAAUCGGAAACUUAUUGAUU